AUGUUCUUCCUUGGAAAUUAUAAAAUUUGGUUUAAAAUAGUGGAUUACGAAGUUUAAACAAUGAUAAUUAUAACAUCGUUGGUCUUUGUUACUUACACUUACGGAGCAACUGUGUUAGUCAAUGCAGUCCUGUAAGAAGUCUAUAGAACCAUCAGUUAUCGUACUGAUCAUUUACAAACGAUUAAGGAAUUUUAUGCUAAGAUUGAUGAAAUAAAGAAGAAGAUCCAUGUGGCCAUUUCAUAAUUGAUUGAUAAACUAAGAAAGAAAAAUUAAUGA